AUGUUGUCCGACUUCUUGAACACUCACUUCCCCACCGCAGAAGCACGAGCUGGCCUUGCGAAUAGACGCUCUUAUCUGGCUGCUCUACCAGAUAUCGACCUCACAUCCACGCCACUUCUGAGAAUAGCUAUCGAUACACUAUGUUUCGCCCACAUCGGCUCGAAGACGGGUGACAUGCGUCUUGUCCGAGAGUCUCAAGCGUCAUAUGGAAAAGUGUUGAACUCGCUGAUCAAGGCUACCAGCGCCCCUGCAGGUGAAGUACCUUACAUGGAACCCAAAGCCGUCAUCACUAGCAUCAUGUUGCUAUGCUUGUAUGACGAUUCUAUUCCGGUGCCUCACCAAGAGGGUGGCUGGGGAACUCAUUAUUGGGGUGCUCAACAGCUACUUCGAGCGUACGGCGCCUCGUUUCUCAACAUGGCAGAACCUUUCGAUCGGUUGAUCUUCUGGAACUUACGAAUGCCGACUUUGUUUGCUGGAGUCGCACGCAGGAAGGCCAUUAUUCUCGGAGAGCCGCAGUGGCUCGCUUUGGCUGAGGCGAAUGUCGAAAGCAGAGGGCCAUUGACGGAUUUCUAUCGCAUCGUCAUGCAAAUUCCGGCGUUACUUGAGCGUACUGAUAAUAUGAUGGCCGCAGAAACAGAUCCGACGGAGACCGAAGCAAUCUGUACCGACAUAUGCAAGAUACGACAAGACGUGAAGGACUGGUAUGAGGAGAAGACGAGGAGAACGCAUGGAAAUUACCUCGAAGUGCCCGUAACCUUCACUACCGAAGAAGAACCCAAUGCCUUCGACAUGGAGAUCGAAGAGCAUUGCUUCAUGACGACUUCCGAUACUUUCACUACAUUCUUCCGAUUCAGGACUCCUGGCUACCUGGUAAAGAAUCACACAUACGACAUUUUGAUGGGCUUGCUCCUGGACUGCACCCUGCUCCGACUACUACACUUCCAGCCAGAGUCAGCCAGCUUCCUCAAAGAUUUAUCACCAGAUGAAGUCGAGCGCAGUGCGUACGACAAUGCCCGCAAUCUUUGCCGCAGUAUUCACCAUUACUCGAACUUUCUCAGCCUCCCAUACGUGGACUUCACCGACUUCCUCCUCGAUAUGGCACAAAACUUCUUCGAAGAAGUAGGUGCUCUGAAAGAACUGGGUUGGUGUCAGGCUGUGCGUUGCGCGACCGAUCUACGUCGUACCAGGAUCAAGAACACUAUCCAACCUCGAACGCUCUGUCGUAUGGGCGAUGCUGGUCCAGGAUUUGCAGCUGCUACUCGGUUUCGUACGAGGAAUAUUGCUCAAGGGUGA